CCUCCCCCUCCCCUUCUCCCCCACCACUUCUCUUAGAAGGAUGUCCUUUUGCCUGGAAGCAGCCAGUCCUGCUUCCUUCUGCAUCUCCAGCUUACCCUUUUCCCAUAGGUGACAGUGCUGACCACAAUGCUUUCUGGCCGGUGGUGGCCAAGUACCUGGGGGAAUCUAGGGUUGGGGACCAGAAACCCCUCUCAGGGAUCCCAGCUGUGUGCCCUCUAUGCCUUUACUUAUACUGGGGCAGAUGGCCGGCAGGUGUCUCUGGCUGAAGGAGACAGGUUCCUACUGCUUCGAAAGACCAACUCAGACUGGUGGUUGGCAAGGCGCCUGGGAGCACCCUCUACCUCUCGACCCAUCUUUGUCCCAGCUGCCUACGUGACAGAGGAAUCUGUCCCUUCACAGAGCACAACCAUCAUUACACCCAGCCAAUCUCUCUGGACUCCUGGGCCAAAGUUGUUUCGUGGCUCCCUGGAGAAGGUGCACCUAUCUCAGGCACACCAGCCUACAUCAGAGCAGCCUCCUCCACUUCCCCCGAAAAUGUGUAGAAGUGUCAGUGUGGCCAAUUUGAGGCCCAGCCUCCUAAAGCCCCUCCAGGAAAGGCCAAAUGGAAGAUCCUUCUCCCAGGAAGACUUGCUGUCAAAGACCAGUGCCAAUAUGGCAGAACCCCAACCCCUCAUGUCAGAGGCCCCUGUGUACUGUAACCUGGUGGACCUUCGCAGCUGUCCUCGGUCCCCACCCCCAGUCCCUGCAUGCCCGCCACUGCAGAGGCUGGACGCCUGGGAGCAGCACCUGGACCCCAACUCUGGACGCUGCUUCUACAUAAAUUCUCUGACUGGCUGCAAGUCCUGGAAGCCCCCACGCCGCAGUCGCACUCAAGACACGAACUCUGGCUCAAUGGAGGGGAUCCAGACCCUGAAUAGGGACAAUGGUGUCCUGCAACCUCAGGCAAAGGGCUCAGGAUCUGACACAGGGAACCUGGAACUGCUUGACUCACAGGGUUCACCCUCCCUCAGCCAAGGCACCUCCCAGUUUGUCCCCUCAGACCAGCCUCCAGCUUUGCAUUCUCCUAGAGCUCUGCCACAGCUCCUGGACGACCCCCAUGAGGUGGAAAAGUCAGGCCUUCUCAACAUGACCAAGAUUGCCCAAGGGGGGCGCAAGCUCAGGAAGAACUGGGGCCCGUCUUGGGUGGUGUUAGCUGGUAACAGCCUGGUGUUCUACCGAGAUCCUCCACCGCCAACUGCACCCUCUUCAGGCUGGAUGAGUGGGCCAGCGGGUAGCCGGCCCGAAAGCAGUGUGGACCUGCGUGGGGCGGCCCUGGCACACGGCCGCCACCUGUCCAGCCGGCGCAACGUCCUGCACAUCCGCACAGUCCCUGGCCACGAGUUCCUGUUGCAGUCAGAUCAAGAGACAGAGCUUCGAGCCUGGCACCACGCGCUGCGGGCUGUCAUCGAGCGGCUGGAGCGAGAGAACCCGCUGGAGCUGCGACUGUCGGGCUCCGGACCUGCAGAGCUGGCGGAGCUGAGCGCCGGAGAGGAUGAAGAAGAGGACUCUGAGCCAGUGCCCAAGCCGUUUUUGCGGCUCAGCGGCCGCCGGAGCUCCAGUAUGGGGCGGGUCAGGGGAGAGGAUCCUUGGAUCCUAGAUCCUGCGUUUGCUAUCAGGCUCUUACUCUAUCUGCCUCCAACAGGUCGGUGUCCGGAAGGCACUGAGCAGAACCGCGUGCGGAACAAGCUGAAGCGGCUAAUCGCCAAGAGACCGCCCUUGCAAAGCCUUCAGGAGCGGGGUCUGCUCAGGGACCAGGUAUUUGGCUGCCAGUUGGAAUCACUGUGCCAGCGGGAAGGAGACACGGUGCCCAGCUUUGUACGUCUCUGCAUUGCUGCUGUGGAUAAACGAGGUCUAGAUGUGGAUGGCAUUUACCGAGUGAGCGGGAACUUGGCAGUGGUUCAGAAACUUCGCUUUCUGGUGGACCGAGAACGGGCAGUCACCUCUGAUGGGAGGUAUAUGUUCCCAGAAAAUCCAGGACAAGAAGGCCGGUUAGAUUUGGACAGUGCUGAGUGGGAUGAUAUUCAUGUGGUCACCGGAGCCCUGAAACUUUUUCUCCGGGAGCUACCCCAGCCUCUGGUCCCCCCAAUGCUGCUGCCCCAUUUUCGUGCUGCCCUUGCACUUUCUGAAUCAGAGCAGCGCCUCUCUCAAAUACAAGAAUUAGUAGACUCAAUGCCAAAGCCAAACCAUGAUACUCUGCGGUACCUCCUGGAGCAUUUAUGCAGGGUAAUAACACACUCAGAUAAGAACCGCAUGACCCCUCACAACCUGGGAAUUGUGUUUGGACCAACCCUCUUUCGACCAGAGCAGGAGACAUCUGAUCCUGCAGCCCAUGCACUCUACCCUGGGCAGCUGGUCCAGCUGAUGCUCACCAACUUCGCCAGCCUCUUCCCCUGACUCAGGCAAGAAAGAGGACAUGAUUUCUUCCAAUGAUCUGUAGGCUAGCCUUUUGUGUGUGGGGGUGUUCUGUUUUGAGGACAUGCAUAUAAACCCUGUCUCCCAGAUAACCCUCUUUAUCUUCUUGAGUCUCACCUGAGGGGUUGGGAUUGGGUGAGGGAACCCUCUAAAAAGGAAAGUGGGAAGAUGAACCCCCACUUCUCUUCUUGCUCCCCUCCCCAAGAUAACACAUAAAACACCAUUUUUUUUCUGA